UCACAUAAGAAUCAUCAUAUUCAUACUCCUAACAUCAUAGUAAAAGUAAACACGUAUUGGUCUGGUCAGUGGUGUCUCCUCUUUACUAAUUGCACCCCCACACACACCAAUUUAAAAACCCCCUUCAACACCAAUCACUAUAUUUAAGAACUCUCCUCGUUUGCAAUUUCCAAAAGCCAUAACUCAUCAAUCCCAAACACACACAGACACCCUUUUCAACUUUCUCUCUUAAAAUCAAACACUUUCAUCAAAAGGGUCAAAGUUCUCUGUUCUGAUUUUUCUUAUUUUUGGAAGUUGCAAUAUUACAAACCCCAAGUUUCAAUUUUUUCAACUUUAAUCACCAAAUUUGAAGUAUUUAUUUAGGCCCAUAUUGCUUUUUUCUCGGUCUCUUAUCUUUUUUAGUCUAAACCUUUAUCUGGGUCAUCAAUGGCAACUUGGGUUUUAUCAGAAUGUGGUUUAAAGCCACUUGCUCCAGUUUUUCCGAAACCAAAAACUGGAAUUGUUUCAUCACACCAUUCAAAGGUUAGAUUUUUAGGCACAAACAAAGGAUUGGGAGUAUCAGAUCUAAAAUUUCAAUCAAAAAGCAUACAAAGUUGUAGUUUUGAGAAAAGUAAAUGGAGUUUGAAUGUGAGUGCUCCUUUGAGGGUUGAUUCAAUUGAACAGGAAGUUCCAGAGUUUGACCCUGGUUCACCACCACCAUUCAGUUUGGCUGAUAUAAGAGCAGCAAUUCCAAAACAUUGUUGGGUGAAAGAUUCUUGGAAGUCAAUGAGUUAUGUUUUGAGAGAUAUUGUUAUUGUUUUUGGAUUGGCUGCUGCUGCUGCUUAUCUUAAUAAUUGGAUGGUUUGGCCUCUUUAUUGGGCUGCUCAAGGAACCAUGUUUUGGGCCCUUUUUGUUCUUGGUCAUGAUUGUGGUCAUGGAAGCUUUUCAAAUGAUCUUAAUCUUAACAGUGUGGUUGGACACAUCUUACAUUCUUCUAUUCUUGUUCCCUAUAAUGGAUGGAGAAUCAGUCAUAGGACUCAUCACCAAAAUCAUGGCCAUGUUGAGAAUGACGAAUCUUGGCAACCUUUGACAGAAAAAUUAUUUAAGAGCUUGGAUUCUAUGACACGUUCUUUAAGAUUUACAGCCCCUUUUCCAUUGCUUGCAUAUCCUGUUUACCUUUGGAGCAGGAGUCCUGGGAAGACUGGUACUCAUUUCCACCCAAGCAGUGAUUUGUUUGUUCCAAGUGAGAAAAAAGAUAUUCUCACUUCUACAGCUUGUUGGACUGCUAUGGUGGCAUUGCUUGUUGGAUUGGGAUUUGUUAUGGGUCCAAUUCCAGUACUUAUGCUUUAUGGAGUUCCCUAUGUUAUCUUUGUGAUGUGGUUGGAUUUUGUGACUUACUUGCACCAUCAUGGUCAUGAAGAUAAAUUACCUUGGUAUCGUGGAAAGGAAUGGAGCUAUCUUAGGGGUGGUCUUACUACUAUUGAUCGCGAUUAUGGAUGGAUUAAUAACAUUCACCAUGACAUUGGAACUCAUGUCGUUCAUCACCUCUUUCCUCAAAUUCCCCACUACCACUUAGUUGAAGCCACUGAGGCAGCUAGGCCUGUGUUUGGAAAAUAUUACAAAGAGCCAAAGAAAUCAGCACCUCUUCCCUUUCACCUUGUUGGGGAAUUUAUAAGGAGCUUAAAGAGAGACCAUUUUGUUAGUGACACUGGUGAUGUUGUGUAUUACCAAACAGACCCUGAACUUAGUGACUCUUCUAAAUCAGAAUAAUUUUUUUGAUAACUUUUGACACAAUUCUUAUUGGUUAAAGAUUGUGUGAACUUCUGAUAAUGUUAGUGCAAAUUAGUAGAGAAUCCACUUCAUAACAAAAAGUGAUUGAUGGAUAUUAAAGAAUGUGUAGGGGGUAUAAGAUUAUCCUUCUUUUUUAUUUUUGAUAUAAUAAGAUAAUUAUCCUUCCUGACAAGUGAAAUUUUGUAAAUUCAUUCAUCUUCAUGAAGGAAGUGAUAUCCUGAAUUAUGAUCAAGUUAUUUAUUUAUUUGCUAA